AUGAGAGAUGGUUUCGAGAGCCAGAUCAAGAUUCACAAGCCGACAGGCAAGACUGGAGGGCCUCUGGUUGUCUUGGUCUUUGGUGGAGGGUUCGUGGUUGGUGAUAACCAACAACUCACUGCGUACUCAAGAGGACUUGCCAGAGCUUUCGAUGCAGUCGUCGUGAACAUUGCCUACAGGCUGGCUCCCGAGCACAAGUUCCCCACCGCACCACACGAUACCGAAGACACUCUGUUGUGGAUUGCGAAGAAUGCAGAGUCAUUAGGUGCAGACCCUUCCAAGGGCUUCAUCUUGGGAGGCGUUAGUGCAGGCGGUAACUUGACUGCAUGCAUUGCGCAGAAGACGCUGGAGGACAAGAGCCUAGCUCAUCCUCUCACAGGUCUUUGGCUGUGCGUUCCUCUUGUCUUCCCCAACAGAGACCUAGUGCCAGACAAGUACAAAGAGGUCUGGAUCUCGCAUGAACAGAACGCCCAAGCGCCAAUUCUUGACAAAGACGCUAUUGAUGCCAUUGGUGGUCAUCUUGAGCCGGACCAGAAGUCACCGCUUUACUCGCCCUUCAACAGCAAGAAUCCUCACAAGGGCUUGCCCCCCACGUAUUUUCAAGUCGACGGACUGGACCCUCUGCGCGACGAUGGGUUGAUCUACGAGCAAGUGUUGAGUGAGAACGGUGUCAAGACAAAACUCGACAUCUGGCCUGGACUGCCCCAUGCACAUUUCGCUUUCCUGCCGUUCUUGAGCGGCAGCAAGAAGGCCGUUGUUGACACAUUCGUUGGGUUUGCGUGGCUGCUGAAGACCGAGGUUUCACUCGCAAAGAUACAAGAAGUUAUGGCCGCACCCGCAAGCGGCUAG